AACCGCGUCCUGCUCUCGUGUUGAUCUUCUGUCAUGUGUUGAUGCCUAUCCCUCCCAUCCCAUUCUGACGAUAGCCGGAACUAUCCUCCCCGCAUCCCGUGAACGAACGCCACACCGUCUCUACCAGUCCAUUAUCCCCGUUAUCGUUACACCUGAAAUAACCGCCGGAAUAAAUUCGCGUGAAGAAGCUCAGGAUGCUCUAUGCGGUCUGAGGCGUACAACGGCCGCAUUGACACGUGUAAAAGUGGUUUCAGCUGCGAAAAUGACGUCGUCCACCAACCCUUCAACUUUAUCACACAGCCUGGCCAUUCCAUUUGCGAGCCGGCUCAGCGAACAACUGUCGCAACGGACCGAGCAUACCGGUUCAGGCACCGACACCGACCAUGCCGGAGACAAGACUCCUGCACUUGGGCCUCCAUUGCGCCCUUCACCGAACACCCGUUCAUUGAGCGAUGCGGCAAAACCAGUUUCCGCUACGCCGAUCAAUCACGAUGAUUCCCGACCUCCCAGCAAAGAUGAUUCCUCACUCCCUUCGACGCCAGCAACCCCCGCGACGCCCCAGCGGUCGUCCAUGCAUGGCCUCUCGUUAAACCUCCCUUCCAAAGCCUCCGGACCGCUAUCCGUAUCCAAUCGUGCCCCGCUCUCGCCGAAACUUGACUCCUCCCACAUCUACGGCUCGCCGGGCUCGGUCCUGCCCCGUCGUUCGCGUGGCCUGGACUUUUCGCGGGCUUGCACCAAUCUACAUCACUCGACCCUUGCAGAAGCGUCCCCGGACUCGUCUCCAACUAUUGGUGGACGAGGGGUCAAUAUCCCGCAACGGCGUGCUUCGCCCGGCUCGACCUCCGGGCUUCAAUUCUCCACUUCCAACCCGGCCGAUCGGGCCACGAUCUCGAGCUCCGUAUCCAGCGUCAACAUGAUGGAAUCGGAUACGAGCAGUAGCGAUGAGGAUGAGCCUAUGGUGGGCGAUCGCGAUGACAUGAUGAUCACUAAUACGCCACAGGCCAAGCGGUUGGGAGGCGGGAUGAGCCCUUUUGCGGUCGGGAACGUGUCGAGCCCAGGGAGCGAGUGGAUGGGUGGCUACUCGCAGGCCACGGCGAGCUUGAUGAGCUUCCAGCGGGCCCGGUUCCGCAAGGGACGCAGCCGACACAGUUCCAGCAGUGCGAGUGGCAGUUCCAAGCAAAGUCCGGGACCACUGUCCCCGCCUGUGAUGAAGAGCAUCGAGGGCCAGAAUGGAGGAUACUUUGGCGCGGGGCCCCGACGCGGAAGUCUUAGUUUGGGUACGCGCGACUUGCGCCUGUCGGAUGUCAGCGACGAGGGUGAGAACCGUUUUGCGCGUGGACAGAGCCCCAGUACAUCCAACUCCGAGGGCGGGCCUUUGGGGGUGAUCCGGCGUGCUGUUACCCGCCGGGGGAGUCUACUGCCUAAAACGAAGACCUUUGCGCGCAUUCGGGCUGCACUGAUGGAGGAAUCUGCCCCCAUUGAUAGCGAAGCGAAGCGGGAAGCCGAGGUGAUUCGACAAGUAAAAGAGAGCGAGCCUGAAGUCCAGCCGAAAUCUCCCUCGGGUGGCCUGUCAUCUCUAGACACCACCCCUGUUGGCCCCGGGCACACCCCGGAGGAUAUCCCUGGAAAAGGCGGGAUCACCACCCCUGACGAACCCAAGUUCAUCGACCAGGCGAACCGGAACUCAGGCGGCGUCGAGUUCUGGAACUCGUUUGACGACCGUUAUCGCACGCCGCCCCCGCCCCAACGCCGACACGGGGCUUCCUCUGUGUCCGAAGACGACCUGGCGAUGGACCUUACACCGUCCACCACGGUAGGAUCUCAUACCGAGUUUGCCAAACCGAGCGAGCGGCCCAGCUCGCGGAGUGAAACGCAGGGCGCUCAUGCGGGAUUCCUGGGCGAAUUCAAGAGGAAGCGCCGUCGGGAUGACGAUUUCGACCCGAACCUGUUCAAACGACGCGCAGUGUCUCCCAGCAUGAGCGCGCAGAGUAGUCCGAUCAUGCCGAAUUCGCCGGUCGUCAAGGACACGAGCCCUAAUAUCUGGGGGCCGCCGCGAUCGAACUUGGGCUCGCUUUUCCCGGACCGGCCAGGCACAGAGAGUGGCCCACGGAAUGGCAACAGCCACACAGGGACCCUCAAGCGGGUUGGACUGCAGGGGAUGACCGAGACCAACGAUGGGUUUAUGAACAUGAGCAUCGAGUAGCUGGCUGAGCCGGUUCUCACUGUAGGCAUGGACAUUGAUGCUGCUUAGCGAAGUUUGGUUGGUGGAGUUGGCGUUUGGUUCGGCUGUUAUACAUAGGAGCUUAUUUCUCUCCAUAAUAUAAUGAUAAUCAC